CGCAUGCGUGUAAAACAUUUGGUAAAGACAGUGUAUUAGAAGUAGGCUUAGGGUACUGCGUUUUUGGGAUUAGUGUUAUUUGGAAAGAUACAAAAUGUCUGCAACAGGAGUUGCACCUAAAAAGAUAAAGAAAGCUGACGGUUCAAGUUCUACUGGAGAUGCUGACGAAAACAGUAGAGAUUUUGAUCCAGAAACUCAAAAGUCGUUAGAGGAUAUCGACGCUUGCCAGAAUGAAAUUGAUGUUUUGAAUGAAAAAGCAAGUGAAGAAAUUCUUAAAGUCGAACAAAAAUAUAAUAAGUUAAGAAAACCCUUCUUUGAGAAAAGAAAUGAUUUAAUUAAGAAGAUACCAAAGUUCUGGGCGACCGCUUUUGUCAAUCAUCCACAAAUUUCAGCAAUUUUGGACGAGGAGGAAGAAGAUUGUUUAAGUUUUAUGUGCAAACUAGAAGUGGAGGAGUUUGAAGACAUCAAGUCUGGUUACAGAAUCAAAUUCUUCUUUGAUGAAAAUCCUUACUUUGAAAAUAAUGUUAUUGUGAAAGAAUUCCAACUGGGGUCAUCAGGUGAUCCUUCAUCACAUUCAACAACAAUCAAGUGGAAAGUAGGGAUGGAUCUAACCAAGAAACAAAAAGAAAGACAAGCACAAAUGAAGAACAGCCGAAAAAGAGGGCUUGAACAGCCAAAGACUUUCUUUUCUUGGUUCAGUGACCAUGGGGAUGCAUCAGCUGAUGAUAUAGCUGAGGUGAUAAAAGAUGACAUGUUUCCCAACCCACUUCAGUAUUUUCUUGUUCCAGACAUUGAAGUGGAAAAUGGUCUGGAUGGAGAUGAUGAUGACAGUGAAGAUGAGGAGGUAGAUGACUCUGUAGUUGUGGUUGAAGAAGGUGAAGAUGAUGAUGAAGGAGAAGAGGGAGAGGAAGAUGUUGAUGAGGAAGAGGUUUAUGAAGAAGGGGAUGCAGAAGAAGGUGAUGAAUGAAUACCAUCAAACUACACCUCGUGGUGUCACAAUACUGAAAGCCUCAAAAUACACAGAAUCAUCUUCACAGUCCUAACACAUUUUAGGUUUCUUCAUAUUACAGUAGGUUUUGUUGUGUAAGUUCCUAGCACUCAGUUUAGUUAAAAAAGAAGUAACAGAAUAAAGUGGCUACCAAAUUGUUUUAUUUUCAGUACAUAGCUUUUGUAUAUAUUUUUCUUCCAUAUGUAACUAGUACUUUGACAAUUUAGCUCUCAAAGUUGAUUUUUGGCCCAAUGUAUUGAACUAAUUUUCUGUUUUGUCAAAUAUUGGUUAUUGUUGCUUCAGAUUCAGGUUGUAUAUGUUUUUUUGUGCUUGUAUUAUUUUUUUUUAGGUAUGACAAAGAGACCUGAAUAAUGGUAAUUAGUUUUAUAAGAUAUAAUAUGAAGUUAUCAUUUGUAGAAACUAAGAUAAUUAAAAAUGAUGCCAUUUUAAGUUAAGUCAACUUUUUGGUUCCCCAGAGAUGAGAAAUAAAUAGACCCCUCGUUAUACACAUUGUAUUUGUAAAACUGCCAUUUGUUUAUAGAAAAGCAGAAGUAAGUAGUAAUUUGAGUUAUUAACUGCCCAUUUUAUUGGCAUAUAAAAUAGUAAUCUACAUUUAAUGACCGCUCAUAUUCUAUAUUUAUCAACUGUUUGUGAUAAUUUUAUAGAAAUCUUCUAAAUGGAUUAUUUGAAAAGCUAAAACCAAGUUCAAUUCCCAAAAGCAAAUGUUAGUAGUGUUGGAAUUACAUACAUAAUAUUGUAUAUAAAACCUGCUUCUUCUCACUAACAGAAUAGUCCAGAAAAGGAGGCAUAUCUUAUGAAAAAAAAAUUACAGUGGUUGAUUAAAUUUUUUUUAAUUAGGUGACACAAAAAUGUUUUGCAUAUUAUUUAGCUGUACGUUUUGCAUAUUAUUUAGCUGUAUGUUUUGAAUGCACUGUAUAUACUCCAGUUUAUACUAGACGACUUAAUGGGCAGUGCUUUCAAAAACUGCCAUAUAUUGUUCUGUUUUUAAACAUUUGAAAAGCACAUUUUUGAUUUCUGGAGAAAACCAAUACACUAGUGUGUGUAUGUGUAAAAUAUGUUAAAGACCCCAUAAAAUAUGAAAAAUCUUUUAUAUUCUGAAAAUAAAAUUAAAAAAUGUUUUGUUACAUUGGCAACACUCUCUUAUGACCAUUUAACAUCAACUCUUGCAAACUGGGCUAAAAUAUUCAUUUUUCAAGUUUUGCCAGUCAUUGUCCACUUUCCCUGUGGUUGUUUCUGCUCUCAUAACAAUCAUUUGUAUUUAAGAUCUUGAAGAGUGUUGAUGAUGAUGUAAACAUGUUUCUUAAUAAAUCUUUAUAAAACUA